UGAUCGUCGCGAUGAAGCGGUGUGUAGACCUCUUCAUUUCCAUGGUCAAUUCAAUUCCAAUUCGACCUCAAACAUUUCUAUGUUUUCCCAUUACUCUUCUUGAAGUUUUAAGGAGAGUAAAUUGCCCUGGAAAAGCUUGAAAUCCUGGUCAUUCGUACGGCAUCGCAUUGACCACCCAAUUCAAUCUGUCCUUUUCCCCGCUACAAAAACAAUUCAUCAUGGCCUCCAAACAGAUCGACGUUGAUGUAUUGGUUAUUGGUGCUGGGCCUACUGGAAUAGGUGCUGCUAAGAGACUUCAACAGACGAACCUCGCGUCGUGGCUAAUCGUCGAUUCGAACGAAACACCUGGAGGUCUUGCCUCUACCGACGUUACUCCUGAAGGAUUCUUGUUUGAUGUCGGCGGUCAUGUCAUCUUUUCGCAUUACAAAUACUUUGACGAUUGCCUUGACGAAGCUCUUCCCAAGGAAAGCGAUUGGUAUACUCAUCAGAGAGUCUCGUAUGUUCGAUUCCGAGGUGGUUGGGUUCCUUACCCAUUCCAAAACAAUAUUGCCGUGUUAGAUAAAGAAGAGAAGGUGAAAUGUUUGGAAGACCUUAUCGAUGCUGCUCUCGAGUCUCGCGUUCGAUCCCCGACCGACAAACCUAAGAACUUUGACGAAUGGAAUAUAAGAAAUGUUGGAAACCGUUUGAAUGAGAUCUUCAUGCGUCCUUAUAACUUUCGAGUAUGGGCUGUUCCUACUACCAAGAUGAAUGCUACUUGGGUCGGGGAACGUGUCGCUGCUCCUAAUGUCAAGUUACUUACUCGUAACGUUGUUCUCGAGAAAGUUGCAGGAAAUUGGGGACCAAAUGCUACAUUCCGUUUUCCUGCCAAUGGAGGUACAGGUGGUAUUUGGAUCGCCGUAGCUAAAACCUUGGAUCAAUCCAAAGCACGAUUUGGUGAACAUGGUACUGUUACCAAAGUUGAUGCCAAGGCUAAGAAGGUUCAUUUGAAAGAUGGUACCGUUGUCAACUACGGUUCACUCAUUUCUACCAUGGCUGUUGAUCAUCUCGCUCAAUCGAUGGGUGAUGUCAAACUUCAGCAAACACUGAAACCACUAUUCUACUCUUCUACCAAUGUAAUUGGUGUUGGUGUUCGAGGAGAACGUCCUGGACGUAUUGGUGAUAAAUGUUGGCUAUACUUUGUCGAAGACAAUUGCCCCUUUUAUCGAGCUACCAUCUUCUCCAACUACUCACCUUUCAAUCAACCAAGUAAAGAUGUCAAACUUCCAACCAAACAACUUGCCAAUGGUAAAAAACCAACAUCAUCAACUCCACAACCUGGACCUUAUUGGUCUAUCAUGUUGGAAGUUUCCGAAUCAUCCUAUAAACCCGUCAACCACGAAACGCUACUUGAUGACUGCAUCCAAGGACUUGUCAAUACCAACUUAUUGGAACCCGAAGAAGAAAUUGUCAGUACAUAUGUUCGACGAUUCGAUCACGGAUACCCUACUCCUAGUUUAGAACGAAAUGGUGUAUUAUCUGAAGCUCUUCCAUAUCUUCGAGACCAAGAUAUCCUAUCUAGAGGUCGUUUUGGAGCAUGGAAGUACGAGGUUGGAAAUCAAGAUCAUAGCUUCAUGCAAGGUGUUGAGGCAGUUGACCACGUUAUUUCCGGUGGUGUAGAACUUACUGUGAAUAAUCCCGACUUCGUCAACUCUCGUUCCAACACAGAACGUCGUUUGACAACUUUCAAGGGAGUUCGAAAGUGAAAUACGUCAAGAUACGAAGGAUAUGAUUAUGAUGAAAAGCGAAACGUGGAAAAGAAUGCGAUACGAGUAGGACCAUUGAUUCAGUUUGAUUCUUAGAUCUAGACUAGACAGCUAGACUCAACAUCUUAUAACUCGUCGCUGGCGAUGGGUGAUUACCUAUUGGGUACAUUCUAAAGCUUAUGAUUAGCUUGAAUCGAAUAAACGAAAUUGAAUUCAAAUCUAGAGCUGAUGUAUACGUUUUCUUGACAAUCUGGAGUGCUCCAACUACGAUCAAUUCCUCUCGGAGCCAAAUUCUCUGUCGUGUCAUACCAUAGCCACCUCGGUAGUUAAUAUACAACAUACGUCAACCAUCACAUACUUAGAUAGCCGAAGCUCCACCUGAUUGAUCAACAUAAGC